AUGCAUCACCCACACUUUUUCUUUUUAAGUAUCCACAAUUCAUUUAUAAUCAUUAUUUCUGCCCAGGCUCCCUGUCCUUGCGAGGCAGUUACCUUCGAUGUCGGACAUACGAUCAGAUCAACAUUUCCCAGCUCAAGUCUUGUUCCUGGGAACUCCUGCUGUGGCCAGGUUUGUAGCGGUAGUCCCCACCCUGGUACUGGUGCCAGUAGUCACCUAGAAACGACGGAUCGUGUUGUACCAAUGCUACCCUCCAUAAAUUGCCAGCACAUCUCGAGACUUUCGGGACGGUCAAAUACAGGUCUCGGAUCAAUUACCACUACGUCUUCGCUGACUCAGAUAGGAUCAUCAUCUAUAAUUGCCCUUUCGACCGGAAUUUGCGAUUCAAACAAGCCGGCUGAGUUUGAAAGGAUGAACAGCAACCAAGAUUCCAGGGCGAUAUCGAAGAUAGCUUUGGAGUCUAAGAUCAGUGAGACCUCGUCAGCCUCAAUGCUCAACACCAUCAUCGGACUAUCUUCAAGCUCAACAUCAUUUUGUCCAAAUUUUCCCAUCGUCACUAACAUUUCUACACCCGAAAUCUCCAAAGCCUGCGUCAAGUCUGCGACUACUGAUGCUAAUUUAGCCUCUAAAGACAGUCCAUUGACGAUAUCAAAGUUGACAGCCUCCGCAGCCCCUGGAUCUCCUGGCCAAGUGCAUCAGCAACAACAUUUGAUCAAACCCUCGACAUCUGACGCCCCAUCUAUACAAACUGGUGCAAAAGAGUUUCGCACUGGACAACCUUGGCAGCAGGUACAGACAUACAUUCAACGUUGA